UCUUACGUCUUAAGUUUUCCGUUUUCGUUACAUUCUUACGACGCACAUUUUCGUACACAAAUAUUUAAAUUGACGUUGUCGUAAGGUUGAAAUUAGUUGUCUAUUUUUAGCGAAAUAAUGAGUCGUUAAACAAAGCGAGACUUAAAAUUGACGUUUUAUUACUUUCAUGUCCAAUUUAUUUUCCAUUAAUUUUUUGRAAUACAUAAUAACAAAACACAAAAAAUCUCAUUGUUCGAACUCGAAGAUGGCUUUUUUUCGAAAAWCCCCCUAAUUAURCUUGUUGUCCUGGCGUCCUCCCGAUUUUCACGGCCACUGUGUUAUUUUCUUUGGAGAGAAUAGCGGCGCCAAGCGUCGUGGCGCCGGUCGUCGCUCUCUUUGUCUCACUAUGAUUGCACUAAAACGCUCGAAUUUCCGAAUAUUUGAGCAAAAAUUUCAUUCUGUUUCAGAUAAUUGUCUUCCAUUCCUGCUGGGGGACAACACUGGAGAAAAAGUGCAAUGCGACACUUAUAUUAUCUUGUGCGUCUGGCAACUUUACUAUUCUCCCAGUACUUAUGACUACUCAACUUCUAGGUAAAAACUGCGAUGGAGGCCACUACACGUGUUCCCCACCGAAAGAUUGCUGUAAACAAGGUUGUUGCUUCCUGCUGACUCCUGCAGUGCAUCGUCCUCCUGCUAUUCCUCCUGCGAAUUUUUUCAAUCCUUUGUUUUUGGGUCAUUGGUAUUUUUGGGUCGCUGUGACGGCGACUGUUGCAGGAAUUUUGUGUGCUUGUUCGUUGUGGCGGCGACACAGUCAUGGGAGCUUCUGUUGCAGGGAUUCAGGAAGGGAUGAAAGGGCUUCAGAGCCGGAUUCGAAUGGGUCCUGCUAUGCGCCGCCUCAGUAUUCGAGGUGUAACAGUUUCCAUCAGCCGCCACCGCCUUAUUCAGAGGUGACUUCAAAGCCYGAUUUGUACCCUUUGGUAAUUAGUUAUAAUGGAGAUCCGGUGAUUAAAAAUAACAAUAGUUCAACUGGUUAUUUAAUGGUGCAGUACUUUAGGAACUUUAUAGUCCGACCUGUUGGAUCUUUAUCAGCUACCAGCACCAUCGAUUCACUAAGUUCCAGUUUUAUUUGCAACGCUGCCAAUGAGGCUAAUACAAUAAUCCCUCCUCCGUAUUCCUGCAUGGGAAGUCUUGAGGAAGUCACAACUGAAAAUAAUCAAAGUGUUCAAUCCCCCGAACCUCCUCCUCAAAUCCCUCAAUCAGUCUCCGGUGACUUUCUCCCCACUUCUAGCACUCACUCAAAUCCUCAAACUCCAAAUCGCCAAAUUUCGAUUUCGAUAAGAGACAACCCUUGCUUUGGACAAAACGCAACGAAUAUUGUAAAUAAUUUAAACGAAACGUUGCCAAAUCUAGAACCCUUAGAAAGCAAAAGCCAAAGUAACUGUGAUGCUUCGCCCUACAAAAAGAUAAAGAAACCGGUCCUUCAGAGACUCCCCAAYGACCGCAGUCAGGACUCCGACGAGGACCACAACUUCUCCGAUUUGUUAAACCUCUCAGUUUGUGUUCCUAGCAGUGUCAUAAAUCUGGGGGCCUCYAUCCAAUCGAGUCACUUACAGGAGCUCCAAUACAGUGUUACCAACAGUAUGACCGGUUCGGAUAUCAGCAGUUUGGCAAAUCUGGGGUCCCCAGAUUCGCCCCCUCGGGCCACAAGUCCGACUCUGGAAAUGAGAGAGUUACUCGAUAAAAUCCAGCAACUUCCCCAACAGAAAAGCCCCCAACCGCCUAAAAACAGUCGAGUUAAAGCCAAAACUCUGUAUAUGCCGCUGUACGAAGGGCCUAAAAAGGGCCUAAAAGGGUGGUUGUCACGCUCGGCCCCCAAUACGCCUUGUAGCAACUUUGUUCCGAGUUUUCCCAAAAAGGGGUCAAGUCAGAGGAAUAGUAAAGUGGUGGUGGGGGAUGGCAGCCCCCUUUUAAAGGAGCACGAAGAGUCGGAAGAGGACGCCAAUCGGGAUGAGUGUUUGUGAAGGAAUUUAGGUCAAUUUGGGAUUUAAACCAUGCUCAAGUUAUUUUUAUACUCACCGAAAGCCGAUUUGCAGAUAAUUUGGGGAAGUUGGCAACAUGUAUGAAGUGAUAAAAGACUAAAAAUCUUAUUACAGUAGUCUGAAAUUUAGUUGGCAACAUCGAAUAUGGGAUGUUGCCAACWCAGUUUUAAAGUGGUACGCCACUAAAUUUCUGAUUAUUGUAACGGUAACUUUGAAWUUAAGUUGGCAUCAUUGAAUAUUAAAUGUUGCCAAUUUAAUCUUCACCACUUUAUAGAUGUUGCCAACUUAAUUUUGAAGUCACAAGUCAAUUUUUAGCAACCUGUGACUUUGAAAUUAAGUUGGCAACUUUGUUGCCAACUCAAUUUUAAAGUGGCACACUUCGUAAUUUCUGAUUGUAGUAACCUGUGGCAACAUUAUAUGAGAUGUUGCCAACUUAAUUCUAAAAUCAGAAAUUUGUUGUUUUUAUCACUUAUUACAAGUAAAAAAACGCUAAUUAGAGUUUGAUUAGGCACAAGUGCUUCAAGCCUAGGCCUAGAUAUUGGUUCGGUYUUUUAUUGUGUUAUGGCUCUAAUAACAGCGACAAAUUCGAUAUUUUUGUAAAAAUGAAGUUGACAAUUCGUGUUCAUCAAAUUAUUAUGAAUGUUUGUAGUGAUUUUCUCGAUGUUGGAUGUUACAAACGAUUCAUUUUUGCAAAAGUGUACUUAAGGUGGAAUGUUGCUUGGUAUAUAAAUAGAUGCCUUGGCGAUAUUUUCAUACUUGAAAAAAAUAAAUGCUUGGGAUUUUAUCUAGUCGACUGGCCCAAAAAACAACGGUGAAAACGGGGACAGUCUACUAGAGUUUUUAAUAAAGUUAUUUUCGGUUGUUUUCCAUUUUUGUUGUCUUGUUUUGCAUUGAACUUGAAUGUUAUACAAUUUUAUUGAAAACAGCAACUUGAAAUGUAAUAAAAUGGUGAUUAAUAAAGAGUUAUUUACGUCA